AUGCCACCCCGUCGACCGGUGUCGCCGCUUACUCUGGAAACAUGCUCUCCGCCAACUUCCGAUCUAGACAAUGGUGGCCUUCUUGGUUCCGACGAUGAGCUGAAUGAUGAGGAACGUGAUGCGCAGCGCCAGAGGAUUGAGAAACUUGCCGAGUCAUAUCUCCAGGGCAAACCCCUCUUCAUUCUCUCAGCUUCUCUACGGGGACGCUUCGAUGAAGGCUGGGUAAACCCUUGGAAGACCAAUAGAAAGCGAGCGAUACCACCUUGCCACAAGACGAUACUGCCACCCAAAGAGCCCGAGAUUCCAGCAAGCCCUGUGAUACAUGAAACGAACUCUCGGAGAAGAAGAACAUACCAAGAGCCUCGGGAAGUCCGCGAUUCGAGACCACCCACUGUCGCUCCAGAUUCAGAUAUCCAUGUGUCAGGUCAUAGAAGAGAUGCUUCUGCUCGCCUCGGUCGCUCGUGUGAUAAACGUAAUAGAAAGUCGGUUUCUCCGAGCACGCCUCGGACGUCAAUACCGUGGGCAAGACCAGGCGAUUCGAACGCACAGUUGCAGCCUGCCAGCACUUUGGGACUCCCAAACGAAGCUUGGUUGAAGAAAGACCGGAAACAAAUUAGCUUUCAAAAUGUUGAUCUGCCCACAUCACCAACAACAACAUUGUCAUCCCGCUACUCAACCAAGAGUCGCGCCUCCAAAGACGCUAGAAACAACAGCCAGACUACAUCAUUUGAGCAUGAAGAGAGAUCCUUUUCAGAACGUCGCACAUCAUUUUCCCCUGCACAUGAUGGCCCUGGUUCUGACCCUCUCGAUAUCAGCCGUAUCCCAAACAGUAUCGCCUCUUCCCCUGCCAAGGAGCAGCACCUUCCCGGUCUUGGAAUAGAAGCGACCACCUCCGGAGCGGUGAGCCAAGGCCCUUCAUUCUGUGUCCUUGCGCCGUCGUCGCACCUACCGCAGUUUGAGUACCGUCGGAGGAAGUCUCGUGUCUCCAACGAAACAAGAGGCUCCAAAUCCCCCAUCGCCGGGGAUCUGGACGCUGAAGAAGAGCCACGCCCAUCAGAUUUCGCAAAAGGUAGCAAGCCUCCGGAACAAGAGGUCAUAUCUCUACAAGAUACGUUUUUGGCCCAUCCCAAUAGACAUGGCCGGUCCGAGGCCGACAAAGACCCUAAAGACCUUUUCAUUUCUACCAGCACUACUAAAGCGAUUGGUAAUAUAUCUAUUUCUCAGUCGGCGAAGUUUCGAUCUACAAGUAUUGUGAAUAAGGGUAUUGCUAGUGAGAGGUUGCCGUCAGCUCAACAAGUGCGUGUAAACCCAACCAUGACAGACAUCACGUCCCUGCAUUCGAUUGCAUUACCGAGAAGCAAUUCGGAGUAUGACGGCGACACCAUCCCCGAUCCUCAAUUCUCUACUCAGGCAGCUCUCCUGCACGCACAGAGGUCGUUCCAGAAUGACCUCGACAGCCCGGAACACGAUAUAGCAUCUCCAGAAAGACAACAUACUUCCAAUUCCUCCAACCUUUCUUCACCUAUUGCGAAGGAUAUUACUCCUUUCCAUCGACUGUCCACACCCAAUAGAGCUGGAGGAAGUAGCGGGGUAAAGGCACCUAUGACUGCCGGCCAGUGGCAAAGCACCCAGUGCAUGAUUGAUGCGGUUACGCCGUUUACCUUCAGUACAGAAAAGAAGCGAAACCGUCGGACUAUGUCCCCAGUGAAGCACUUAACAGCUAGAAAGAAAUUAAAAAUUGCCAGCUUUAAGCUAUCAUCACCACCCUCGUCAGCUUCUAGUGAGGCGCAUUGCGAACAGGACAAUAACUACAUACACUCAAGUCCUCUUCACCGUCGGUCUCCUGGGCAUGAGACACAGCAUAGCGUACUUCCAAUGACAUUAACGGGUACAACACCACCUACCGCUCAGGUAGGGCAGCAAGGCUUUCCAGGUAGCGAUAGCUUUAACCUUGCUCAGGCGAUCGCCGACGCAGGCAGCUGGCUGCAGCAGAGCUUCGACCUCAACAAGGAUCUCAGACUCUGUGAAACUUCCAAUUCAGGUCCAACUUCUUCAGCUGGCACACGGCGAUCUACAAUGGGCGUGGAUAGUAAAAAGUGA